GUAGAUAUAGACGAGUGUACGGCCUCUUUGCGGUUUUGUAAUCUCAAUGCUAACUGCGUCAAUACCGACGGUUCGUACUACUACUCUUGUUUCAGUGGUUUUUAUGGUGAUGGUAAAAAUUGCGAAGGUAGGCACAAUUUUUUCAUUCAGCAUUAAGUGACAAUUAAAGCUCUUAGAAACAUCUUCAUUUUUAGCGAUAAGCGGCAAAGUAAACUUUCGAUGUACUUUCAACACACUCAGUUACUUUGAUGUUUUGAUUCUGUUAUCAUGUUGAUUCUAGGGUCUCUAUAGCGUCAGUUCGGUAGAUCCUGUAAUAAAGCUACUUUGCUGAAAGGAAAGACCUUUCAAAUUUUCAGUUUAGCAAAUUUUGAGGUAAAAAAGGCAAAAAAAGCUCUCAGAAAAUCUUGGGCAAGCCCUGAUAAAGUGCUUAAGGUGGCUGAACACAGUUUUGGCAGUUUGUGAGUAUAUGUCAUUUACCAAAUCAUAGCAAGAGAAAGGUUGUAGCUCAAAAGCUGAAACUUGGCAAGUGAAAAAUAUGCUGAUGAAAAAUUUUGAUUGUCCGGUAAAAUUUGACGUUUUCGUAGUUUCCAUGGCAACACGAACGAUUGAAUACAAACUUAAAAUUUCACUUUUGUUCAGUUUACAAAAAAUUCGCUCAUUAGAUUUUCCUAUAAACUUGCACACAGCUUGCUAUAAUUUAUCAUUACCAUUUGAAACUUAUUUGACCAAAUUUUAACAGACGGGUUUUUAGAUAAUAAUAUAAUUGUACUGUAAUUAUUAAAUAUGUCACAAAAAUCGUCUGUUCGGUCAUCUUCCAUUUUAAAGUUCUCAUUAUUCAAAAUACGAUAAAAGUAAAAAUUCUGCUAAAUAUCACAAAAUUUUAAUGAGCAGAUUUUGAGAAAUCGUCUUUCACCGCCAUGUUUGUUUGUCUAAUUAAAACAUGCGCCGUCACGCAAGUUACCGCUAACCACCUGCAAAACUGUGUUCAGCCACCUUUAAAAGGGCCUCUUUACAUGCAGGUGAGGGACCCUAGAUAGGUGCAGGUAACAUGUGGUGGGUCACCCCACCUAUCAAGUAAACGUGAUUAAAUUAAAAUGAGAGAUUAUUUGGACAGGUGGGUUACCCCACUAAAGAGAAUUACCUCGCCUACCUGGGGUACCCCACAUCGAUGUACAUGUAAACAGGCCCUGAGUGACCUUGAGAUGCGUGACCAAACAAAAAAAGAUGUAGCGCGGCUUAGAAUGCAAACAGGCCCUGAGUGACCUUGAGAUGCGUGACCAAACAAAAAAAGAUGUAGCGCGGCUUAGAAUGCAAAGAAAAAACCUUAAAAGCACUUGAUUAAGAGCACUUAGAGGUAAAAGAAACCUGUCUUUUGGAGCCUUUGUUAAAUGAAACAGCACCUUCAAGACUGAAACAAUAUUAAGUUUGCUUUACUGUCAAUAUCAUGCAGACAUAGAUGAGUGUUCAAGUGGAAGUCAUAAUUGUGACAGUGAUGAGAGAGCAACCUGUACAAAUACUAUUGGUUCAUAUUUGUGUUCAUGCAAAGAAGGUUAUGAAGGAGAUGGAAGGACUUGCAGUCUUCCAACAGGUAAACGGAUGACGUUGUUAAUGAAUGCAUAAGAUGAGAUCUACGUUAGAAUAUCAUAGAAAUGGCGUCAGUUUAAGUUUUUAUAGUGGAAAGUAGCGAAUUGAAUAGUAUCAAUCGUAGGGUGGGGGUAUAGUCGCUAAUGGCCUUAUAUACGGUGAGGUUCCACUUCUGGUAAUAUGAAAGGGUAAUAAGAAACUCAUUUGUUGAGGUAUAUGAAAAGCGAGGGUAAUCCGUCAUGUCGGUCUGCAAAGGAAGUAAAAUUAGGGCUAAUAAAGAUGCAUCUUGGGCUGUAAAAAGGACAAGAAAACAUGGUUCAUUGUGGUUUAUUCGUAUCAAAGACGCGGUACAUUUACAGUACUUAAGAGGAAUGCGAAGCUCUGAUUUGCCGGGCAUAUUAUUGACGUGGUACCAUUUUUCAGUAGACGGUAUAUGAAAGGGGUUUACACCUUUUCUGUCAAAAAUGGUAANUUUCUACUAGAGUAAGAUUUUAUUGUAAUUUUUUUUUUUUUCCGCCUUAAUUUCCCCCACCCACCACCCCAUUUUUGUUUUUUUUAAAAGUCUUUUGACUUCCCCCCCCCCCCCCCCCACCUAAAAAAAAAACAAAAAGAAAACAAAUUGAAAACUGUCACGAAUAUUUUUCUUUACAUGAAUCAUGAUUUGUAAGGUUUCUUUAAUUAUUUUUACCUAGAAUGUAAAAACUACAAUACAUUGCCCGGCGGAUAUGGGAGGAAAGUCACCCACUCUUCAGGCUCUAAGUGUGAUAGUCAACUAUCUCAGGGGUGGUACCGCUUACGUGAAGAUGCGGGGACAAAAAUGGCAACGUCUUGUGUUGCAGAAAAUAGAUGCAACACAGAUCACACGGGUUGGUUAGACGGCGAUCAUCCUACUGUGGCAGAAGGUCAAGUCACCAGGCGGGUCUGUUUUCGCAAAAACUCAAACUGCUGUAAAUGGUCCAUCAACAUUAAAGUUCGAAAUUGUGGGGACUACUUUGUUUAUUUUCUCAAUGGAACACCUGAUUCUAAAUGCAAUCUCCGAUACUGCACCACUGACUAAAAAGACAGUUUCGAAAUUGCGUCUUUGGCGAAGGUACUGACUAGAUCUUCUGAAGAAGACAGUGGCGAUACUCUGGCACUGACUAGUUUCUCUGAAGAAGACAGUAUAGUAGCGAUUCUCGGGCACUGACUAGAUCUUCAGCUGAAGAAGACAGUAUCGAUUCUCUGGCACCGACUAGAUCUUCUAAAUAAGACAGUAGCGGUACUCUGGUACUGAUUAGAUCUUCUGAAGAAGAUAGUGGCGAUACUCUGGCCCUGACUAGAUCUUCUGAAGAAGAGAAUAGUGAUACUCUGGCACUGACUAUGUCUUCUGAAGAAGACAGUAGCGAUACUCUGGCACUGGCUAGAUUCCCAGAGGAACACAGUAUCGAUAAUCCAACAUUGACUAGAUUCUUACAAGAAGACAGUUAUAGAUACUCCAAUACUGACAAGAUUUUCAGAAGAAGACAAGGAUGUGGCUAA